ACCGCCACACCUGGCUCGUGGCUGCAGAAGAGGAGGAAGGUAUGCUGAGGGCUCGGAUCCAAAGAGUUCAGGUUCCCCUGGGUGAGGCGCUGCGGCCCAGCCAGCUCCCCCCAUCCCGGCUGCCUCACAUGUGGCAGCUGUCCCAGGCUUGGUGGUGUUGAAGAACUGCUGCUUAAACUCGUGCCUGGGGAUUAAUCUGGAGCAGUGACUCUAGGAAGAUGUCAUUGUCUGUUUUGUACAAUAAAAGAUUCUCUCUCCACUGAAAUGCAGCCACCUCUGAGGUGGAAGCAGUUAAGCAACACACAGCAACAUCACACAAGAGUUUAGGACAGGCAGUGAAGAGGAGUAUUGUGGCCAAGUGAAACAUCAGGGGAAGUUCUAGUUCUCUGAACAUGCCCCAGAAGGAUCCCUGCCAGAAACAAGCCUGUGAAAUACAGAAAUGCUUGCAAGCGAACAACUAUGUGGAGUCCAAGUGUGAAGCUGUGCUUGAGGAAAUGCGGAGGUGCUGCACCCGGUACGGCAAGGGCAGAUCCGUCUGCUGUUCAGGGUUUGAGAGAGAAGAAAGGGAGAGAGAAAAGUUGAAGGUGACUUCAGAAAGAAUUCCCCCACCACCUCAGUAACACAGUGCAGCUCCAGCAGGUGCUGGAGCCUGGACUCACCUGCAGAGCUGGUGUGUGUUUUUCAAGCCUUCUUUAGACUUUGAGGAAAGCUCUUAGAACACACGUUCCGCACACCAAAAAGUCUAACACAGCACCAACAGAUGGCCUGGUCAACAAACUGUGGUUUCUGUGCAAAAACAUCAUCUGCAUUGUCUCUGCAUCACACCUGUGAAAAGUCAACUUGGUGUUUUUAGAAUGCUUACCUUACUCUAAUCCAUCCUUGCUCUUAAAUGGAGAAUUGGAACCAAGUUAUGGCUUCUGGAGUGAGAGGUACAGGAAAUGAGCUCAGAAGAGUGAGUUUAAGUGUGACACAUAAGCCCAUCUUGACACAGCAAAGGUAUUGUUGCCAUCAGACAGUAGUUCCAGACAUUUGCCUGUCCAGUGGCUCAAGCUCAAGAAUGGGAAUCAGAUCUGAUGAUUGUUCCUAAGUCUUGCAUUGAUCACGAGUGACCACAGGUCACUUUGCCUAAGUGCCUCCUUUUCCCACUGGACAGACUUGUUUGUUUUAUAUUUGAAUUGCCUCUGCGCUGCUAUUUGCAUGACAAAGAUGUUACAGGAACAUUAUUUCAGGGAUUGCUACAGGGAUAGGAUUUUUUAACAAAAGCAAUAUUCAUUUGAAAGAUUUGACUGUUGAUACAAAAUUUAUAAAUCUCUGGCUAAUUGAACUCCUUUAAGCAAUAUGUUAUGAACCCAGUGUAGUUCAACCUGCUGAUACCCAAAGGCAAGUCACGGAGCCCUGGGCUAGAUCCAAGAACUGACUUAGGUGCUGCUUACUGAACAAGCAGUUGUAGCACUUGUUUUCCACACAGCAUUCCAGACUCACUCACAAACUGGCUGUGUCUGGACACCAGGAGAGAUGGCUUUCCAGAAGCUCUCACCCAUGCAGCAGAAUUUCCUGUGACCUGUAGGAAGAGCUCAAUAGACAGGUUCCUGCAUCACCCUUCCGAGCUGCCUGUCUCUCUGUCCCCUGUAGCAGGGGUCCAGGCACCUAAAUGUCAGACUGCAAACCCACUAGGCCCCUAACUCUGUCAUUAGAUCUAGCCAUAAAGGACUUUGUGCUGUAAUCAAGUACAAUUCACUUAUGAAAUAAAGCUUCUAAAUACAGACCACUGAGGUCUAGGCACAGUAGUUGUGUGUAUUGAAGCCUAGAAGAGCAAAACCAUCUGUAUUCACUGCUCUGAAACACCAUGGUACAAAAUAAAUGACUGGAACAAA